AUGGAACAAUACAAGCCCCCCACAUCUAAGCUUGCCUUCCAAAGCGAUAAGAGGUAUCAUGUAUUUCUGAGUUUUAGGGGAGAAGAUGUGAGAAAGACUCUGGUUGAUCAUCUGUUUCAAGCUCUAUCUGCAGCAGGACUGCAUGUCUUUAUAGACACUGAGAAAUUGAAGAAGGGAGAAAUGAUUGGGUUGAGCUUGGAAACAACGAUCGAGAGCAGCGCCAUACGCAUUCCUGUAUUUUCCAAAGGUUAUGCAGAUUCAACAUGGUGUCUCAAGGAGGCCGCUGCAAUGUUGAGCACUCUUGGCUUGAUCAUUCCUCUGUUUUAUCAUAUGGAUCCAACUCAUGUUAGAUAUCCUGUCAAGGACUCAAGCCCCUAUAGCCCAUCAUUUCUCAAACAUUAUGGCCAUCCGGAUCGACACCCAAGAGAAGAGGUCGAUGAGUGGAAGGACGCCCUUCAGCAGAUCUGUACUCGCUCAGGAUGGUCCAUGGAUAUAACUCAAGGGUAA